AUGACAUGUUCAACGGGUAGUUGUCCUACAGACUAUACUAUGUUAGUGUUUAAUAUGACAGAUAUUCGUAAAAAGGCUCUUAAUACCUGGAGAAGUUCUGACGAUGAAUUGUCUGGCAUCAGAUGUUUCCGCCAAGGUAUAUCAGUAAUGGGAAUCUUAAUCUGGAGUGAAAUUUGUCCUACCACAUUUGAAAAAAAAACACAUGUCAUUGUUUCAUUUAAACUUUUAAAAGGAAAAUGUAUGAAACUAAGUAUAUCAGUAAUGGGAAUCUUAAUCUGGAGUGAAAUUUGGCCUACCACAUUUGAAAAAAAAACACAUGUCAUUGUUUCAUUUAAACUUUUAAAAGGAAAAUGUAUGAAACUAAGAAAUCCUGAAUAUUUAUUUUUUAAAAAACAGAAAUCAAUACUGCUUUUUUAA